GUUAGCGUCAUAAAUAUGUAAAAGGAAAACAUUCUAAACACAACAAAUACAAUUCUGUCGGUCUUUCUCUUUCGUCUUAAAUAUUAACGGUUUUACAGUUAAGUCUUUUUUCCCCUGAUUGAAAUUUAUUGUGUAUUAACGUACAUCCCUGUGAUAUUUUCCAUUAUCUGCUGCAAUGAAUCCUUUGACUAAUGUUAAAAAUAUAAAGAAGCUGAACGAGCAGGAAUUACAAGGAAGAAACAAAACGUCUUGGCACGACCAGUACAAGGAUAGCGCUUGGAUUUUUGUCGGUGGCCUGCCGUACAAUUUAACGGAGGGUGACGUUAUUGCUAUUUUCUCACAAUAUGGGGAAGUGGUUAAUAUAAACUUAAUCAGAGAUAAAGAUACUGGAAAGCAAAAGGGCUACGGUUUCUUAUGUUACGAGGAUCAGAGGAGCACCAUAUUGGCGGUCGACAAUUUCAAUGGCAUAAAGAUAUUGGGUAGAGCAAUACGAGUAGAUCAUGUUGCCAAUUACAAAGCGCCAAAAGACUCGAAGAAUAUUGACGAGGAAACGAGAAAUUUGCGGAAAGAGGGUUGCGCUCCAAGAAAGAGCUGAAGAUGUAUAUUUAAAUAUCGAUAAUUGUAGACAUUGUUUCAGUAAUUUGUAUUAUUUUAAGAAUAGAUUUACAUGUAAACUUAAUAAGAAAUAUAUUACUGACUAAAAGUUACUUACGAUUACUUUGUUACUGCCAGUUAAGUCUUCAGUGUGUGCAUUGUACAGUUGAGAUUAGAAACGUUACCCAACUUU